CUUCGCCUCUAGGAAGCGGAAGUUCAGGGGCGGAUGGCAACCCUGCAGCUGCUUUGCGAAGCCGGCUUGUGAGAAGAACGGCGGGAAAGGCGCGUGUCGGCUUCUCACUGGCGCAGCGUCGGCCGCCGCGGUCCCGCCUCUCCCCGGCGUAGUCACCGGCGCUGUCGUGGACCGAGCGCGGCCGGGGCAAGGGCAGGCAGGGGGAGGCUUGCGCCACGGCGGCGCGGCGGCUGACAGGGCUCUGUUACAACAUGGGACUUCUGGUUGCACUGGCUUCACUGUGCCUGUUCUCUUCAGCAAAGGCUGAUUCAAAAGCCAUUACAACUUCUCUUACUACAAAGUGGUUUUCUGCCCCACUGCUGUUAGAAGCCAGUGAGUUCUUAGCAGAAGACAGUCAAGAGAAAUUUUGGAGUUUUGUAGAAGCCAGUCAAAAUAUUGGAUCAUCAGAUCAUCGUGGUACCGAUCGUUCCUAUUAUGAUGCAAUAUUGGAAGUUGCGUUUCAGUUUCUGUCACCUCUACAGCAGAAUCUGUUGAAAUUUUGCCUGUCUCUUCGUUCCUACUCAGCCUCAAUUCAAGCCUUCCAGCAGAUAGCAGCUGAUGAACCUCCACCCAAAGGAUGUAAUUCAUUUUUUUCAGUGCAUGGAAAAAAGACUUGUGAUUUUGAUACCCUGGAGACUCUUCUACUAACUGCAUCUGAAAGACCUAAACCUUUAUUGUUCAAAGGAGAUCACAGAUAUCCCUCAUCAAAUCCUGAAAGUCCAGUGGUGAUUUUUUACUCUGAGAUUGGCCAUAAAGAAUUUUCUAAUAUUCACUACCAACUUCUAUCAAAAAGCAAUGCAGGCAAAAUUAACUAUGUAUUCAGACAUUAUAUAUCUAAUCCCAGGAAGGAGCCAGUUCAUCUCUCUGGCUAUGGUGUGGAAUUGGCAAUCAAGAGCACUGAGUACAAGGCCAAGGAUGAUACUCAGGUGAAAGGAACUGAGGUUAAUACCACAGUGAUUGGUGAAAAUGAUCCUAUUGAUGAAGUUCAGGGAUUCCUUUUUGGAAAAUUAAGAGAACUGCACCCCACUCUAGAAGGACAGUUGAAAGAAUUCCGAAAGCAUCUUGUGGAGAGCACCAAUGAAAUGGCACCUUUGAAAGUUUGGCAGCUGCAAGAUCUCAGUUUCCAGACUGCUUCCCGAAUCUUGGCAGCUCCUGUGGAGUUAGCUUUGGUGGUGAUGAAGGAUAUUAGUCAGAAUUUUCCUACCAAAGCCAGAGCAAUAACGAAAACAGCUGUAAGUUCUCAACUUCGAGCUGAAGUGGAAGAGAAUCAGAAGUAUUUCAAGGGAACUUUAGGAUUACAGCCUGGAGAUUCAGCUCUCUUCAUCAAUGGACUUCAUAUUGAUUUAGAUACACAGGACAUUUUCAGUCUGUUUGAUAUAUUGAGGAAUGAAGCCCGGGUAAUGGAGGGUCUGCACCGACUAGGAAUAGAAGGCCUUUCUCUGCAUAAUAUUCUGAAGCUGAACAUCCAGCCCUCUGAGGCUGACUAUGCUGUAGACAUCAGGAGUCCUGCUAUUUCGUGGGUCAACAACCUGGAGGUUGAUAGCAGAUAUAAUUCAUGGCCUUCUAGCCUACAAGAAUUGCUUCGACCCACUUUUCCUGGUGUUAUACGGCAGAUCAGGAAAAACUUGCAUAAUAUGGUUUUCAUAGUUGAUCCUGUACAUGAGACCACAGCAGAGCUGAUUAACAUAGCUGAGAUGUUUCUCAGCAAUCAUAUACCACUAAGGAUUGGUUUUAUCUUUGUGGUCGAUGACUCUGAAGAUGUUGAUGGGAUGCAAAAUGCUGGAGUGGCUGUUUUGAGAGCAUAUAAUUAUGUUGUCCAAGAAGUGGAUGCUUACCAUGCCUUCCAGACUCUCACACAUAUCUAUAACAAGGUAAGGACUGGAGAAAAAGUGAAAGUUGAACAUGUGGUCAGUGUUCUGGAGAAGAAAUAUCCAUAUGUAGAAGUGAAUAGCAUCCUGGGGAUUGAUUCUACUUACGAUCAGAAUCGGAAGGAAGCAAGAAGCUACUAUGAGCAAACUGGCAUUGAUCCCCUGCCUGCUGUCCUGUUUAAUGGAAUGCCCUUUGAAAAGGAACAGCUAGAUCCUGACGAGUUAGAAACUAUUACAAUGCACAAGAUCUUGGAGACCACUACCUUCUUCCAAAGAGCAGUGUACUUGGGUGAACUGUCUCAUGAUCAAGAUGUUGUAGAGUAUAUCAUGAAUCAGCCAAAUGUUGUUCCACGAAUUAAUUCCAGGAUUUUGACAGCUGAGAGAGAAUAUCUGGAUUUAACAGCAAGUAAUAGCUUCUUUGUGGAUGAUUAUGCCAGAUUUUCUGUCUUGGAUUCUCAGAGCAAGACUGCUGCUAUAGCCAAUAGUAUGAACUAUCUGACAAAGAAAGGAAUGUCCUCCAAGGAAAUCUAUGAUGAUUCUUUUAUUAGGCCAGUGACUUUUUGGAUUGUUGGGGAUUUUGACAGCCCUUCUGGACGGCAGUUACUGUAUGAUGCAAUUAAACAUCAGAAAACCAGCAACAAUGUUAGGAUAAGCAUGAUCAAUAAUCCCAGCCAAGAAAUAAGUUAUGAGAACACUCUGAUCUUUAGAGCAAUCUGGGCAGCUCUCCAAACACAGACCUCCAACUCUGCUAAGAAUUUCAUCACCAAAAUGACCAAAGAGGACACUGCAGAGGCCCUGGCCACAGGCACAGACAUCGCAGAGUUCUCUGUUGGGGGCAUGGAUUUCAGUCUUUUUAAAGAGGUCUUUGAGUCUUCCAAAAUGGAUUUCGUUUUGUCUCAUGCCGUGUACUGCAGGGAUGUUCUGAAGCUGAAGAAGGGACAGAGGGCAGUGAUCAGCAACGGACGGAUCAUUGGACCUCUGAAGGAUAGUGAGAUCUUUAAGCAAGAUGACUUUCACCUCCUUGAAAAUAUCAUUCUGAAAACUUCAGGACAGAAAAUAAAAUCUCAUAUCCAACACCUUCGGGUAGAAGAAGAUGUAGCAAGUGACUUGGUAAUGAAGGUCGAUGCUCUCCUGUCAGCUCAACCCAAAGGAGAUGCGAGGAUCGAGUACCAGUUCUUCGAAGACAGAUACAGUGCAAUUAAACUGAGGCCCAAUGAAGGGGAGACCUACUUUGAUGUGGUUGCCGUUGUUGACCCUGUCACAAGAGAAGCACAGAGGCUCGCCCCCUUGCUCUUGGUUUUGGCUCAGCUCAUAAACAUGAAUCUAAGAGUAUUUAUGAAUUGCCAAUCUAAACUUUCUGACAUGCCUUUAAAAAGCUUUUACCGUUACGUCUUAGAACCAGAGAUUUCAUUCACCUCUGACAAUAGCUUUACUAAGGGUCCAAUAGCAAAGUUUUUGGAUAUGCCACAAUCUCCGCUGUUCACUUUGAAUUUGAAUACACCUGAGAGCUGGAUGGUAGAAUCUGUCAGAACACCAUACGAUCUUGAUAAUAUUUAUCUAGAAGAGGUGGAUAGCAUUGUGGCUGCUGAAUAUGAGCUGGAAUACUUAUUGCUAGAAGGUCAUUGCUACGACAUCACCACAGGCCAGCCACCACGAGGACUGCAGUUCACCUUAGGAACUUCAGCCAACCCUACAAUCGUUGACACGAUUGUUAUGGCCAAUCUGGGCUACUUUCAGCUCAAAGCCAACCCAGGAGCUUGGAUCCUCAGACUAAGGAAGGGGCGCUCUGACGAUAUUUAUAGAAUCUACAGCCAUGAUGGUACAGAUUCUCCUCCUGAUGCAGAUGAAGUUGUUGUCAUCCUCGAUAAUUUCAAAAGCAAGAUCAUUAAAGUGAAGGUUCAGAAGAAGGCAGACAUGGUGAACGAAGACUUGUUGAGUGAUGGAAUGAAUGAGAACGAAUCUGGAUUUUGGGACUCAUUCAAAUGGGGCUUUUCAGGACAGAAGACGGAGGAAGUAAAGCAAGAUAAAGAUGACAUAAUCAAUAUUUUCUCUGUUGCAUCUGGUCAUCUCUACGAAAGGUUUCUUCGUAUAAUGAUGUUAUCGGUGCUGAAGAAUACCAAAACUCCUGUAAAAUUCUGGUUCUUGAAGAAUUAUUUAUCCCCCACAUUUAAGGAGUUUAUACCUUACAUGGCCAACAAGUACAAUUUCCAGUAUGAACUUGUUCAGUACAAGUGGCCACGGUGGCUUCAUCAGCAGACAGAGAAGCAGCGUAUCAUCUGGGGCUACAAGAUUCUCUUUCUGGAUGUGCUUUUCCCACUAGUUGUUGACAAAUUCCUGUUUGUUGAUGCUGACCAGAUUGUACGGACAGAUCUGAAAGAAUUAAGGGAUUUUAAUUUGGACGGUGCCCCUUAUGGUUACACGCCUUUCUGCGAUAGCAGAAGAGAAAUGGAUGGCUACAGGUUCUGGAAAUCUGGGUACUGGGCCAGUCAUUUGGCUGGACGAAAGUAUCAUAUCAGUGCCCUCUAUGUCGUGGAUCUGAAGAAGUUUAGGAAAAUAGCUGCUGGUGACAGACUCCGGGGACAGUAUCAAGGUCUGAGUCAGGAUCCUAACAGCCUUUCAAAUCUUGAUCAAGAUUUGCCCAAUAACAUGAUCCAUCAAGUGCCAAUCAAAUCACUUCCUCAAGAAUGGCUUUGGUGUGAAACCUGGUGUGAUGAUGCCUCUAAGAAGAAGGCGAAGACAAUUGACUUGUGUAAUAAUCCCAUGACCAAAGAGCCCAAGCUGGAGGCAGCUAUGCGAAUUGUCCCCGAGUGGCAAGACUAUGAUCAGGAGAUCAAGCAUCUGCAGACUGUCUUCCAGAAGGAGAAGAAGAUGGGGACACUGAAUGAAGAGAAGACACAAGAGGCCAGCCAGAGAGAAUCUCAGAAACACGAAGAAUUAUGAUCUCUGGAGGAAGAUAGGAAAUCCCACCAUUUGACAAACAGUUUUUAUACUAAGUGCUAGUUUUCUCUGAUCUGUCGAUACAACUGCUGAUGAACUGACAGGGCAGGUAUGCCAUACCUUUUGAUUCUGAGCAUUUGAUUUUGACUACUGUACUAUGGUGGGUGCUGGAUCUUUGGGGCUAAGGCUCUGAUGGAUUUGUACCUCAGAGGAAGACAAGUGGCUGAUCUUUUGGGACUCUGUCAAGAGCGCGCUUAUAACUUGAGGAAGAAAGGGCAGCAGCAACUGAAAGAAGCCGAGUCCUUUGCCCACAUCCAAGAGCAUGUGUUACUGCACUGGCCCAGAAGCCAGCCAGCAAAGCCACCAUGUUCUUCCUUACCUCAGUUUACCUACAGCUGUCGCUGCACUGCAGAUGCCCACCCAGCAGCAGAACCUGGCAGAAGCUUUGUCCAAGGUCCAUGCUUCAAAGGUGUAUGCCAGUGUGCUUCUCACCCCCCUUCCCGUGUUCUCCCAGCAUUUGGUUUAUCGUUUACUGAAAUCCAACCAACAAUUAUGUGUGUUCAGGGUUGGCUGAGUGUGAUUGCUAAGCAAAUCAGUCUUCGGGAGGACUCGGGUAGUUUGAGUGAGGGCUGGGAAAGCAGCAGUUGUAGGAGGGCUCUGGGUGCUCAAGGGAAGGAGAUGAAAACUUGGCCUUUCUCUCAUAAGCCAUCCAUCCAUUGUGGCUGAAUUGAAAGGCAGUACUACCCUGCCCGAUCCCAGUGAAACUUCUAAGUAAUUGUUUUGUAAACAAACUUUGUAUUUAUAAAAAUGAUUGCUUUUUCUUCCUACUGUCUAAAAAAAAGUCAGUUAUCAGAUUCCUGGCUGGACACAGCCGUACUAAGCCCCUUAGUGAUCCAUCUCAGGCUCCAUCCAGAUGGUCACAGCACCACCUGCCCUUUCUCUUGUAGAGUUUUAUCUCAGACCCAGGCCUUUUCUCUCCCAAAUGUUCUUAGAUUUAAGAUCAGGAAUAGCUCUGACCCUGGAACUCACAGUUUUCUCUACACUGUCUUGUUUCCAUUUAUUUUAGCUCUGAAGGUUUUCUUUGGCUUGCAGAACUUGCCAAGGCUCAUUCCAAUUCUGAGGUAACAUAGCUGUGUUGUGAAGGACUACAGCCCUUCAUUGCUCUGUGUGUCUUCACGGCCUUGGCUGUGCAGCCCUUGGGUUUGUUGUUGGCCUGGACCAGUGUGGGGUUCCAUCUUGCCCAAGAUGCAGGUGUCUAUAGUAGAGCACUGAUGGAUACUGUCCCUGCCUUCUAGCUCACAUGGCCUUGUGCUUUUUUACCUGCCUUUUGAAAAUAGGAAGGAGGCUGGAGUGUGGCUCAUUGGCAGAGUGCUUGUCUAGCAAGCCCAAGGCCCUGGGUUCCAUCCUAGCACACACAUAGAAAAAGAAUGUGAAAAACAAGUACAAGUGAAUAGCUCAGUCCUCACCCUUCUGAGCUAGGUGGUGAUACAUUUGUUUUGAACAAAGAAUGAUCCACAAUAGCCAUAUUUUUUUGGUUUGAACAAGUAAGUUUAUAAAGUAAUAAAUAGCAAGAGAUAGCAAAGCAUCAUCAAAUCGAAAACUCAAACAGAAACAGACUGAGGAAGCCCCUUUAAGGCAGCCACUGGGAAUUCCCUAUUGAGAGUCCUAGGUAGAGCAGUGUCCUCUCAGUGAGACUUCCAAGUAAAAGAACACAGCAAAGGUAAGUUAACAUCAUCAAAUUGGGUGCCUAUGACAUCCAGCAGAAACUGAUUAAAGAAGUUGAGGCAGUCAUCUAGAGUUCCCAGUUGAGCCUUUUCUCCAUGGCUGAGCUUCCCUAGGCUAAACUUUCAGCUUCUCUUUCCCACUGCAGGCACUUUUAUAUCAUUGGAUAAACAGAAGCUGAGUCUUUUGAUUUUGAUAAGGUGUCUGGGAAUUAUUUACCUCCCAGCUGUGUUCAAGGACACCAUGUUUUUACUAACAGUUCUUCUGUUCUGAAGGACAUGGUAUUUUGACUCUUGGAUUGUUUUGCCCUCCAUGUCAUAGAGUUGGUGGGGCAGUUCAUCCCCAGAUGAUGCCUUGGAGAUCACUUUGAGAUAAACAUGUUUAGGUUUGAAAUGGGGCCAGGGGAGGGAGGCAGAAACCCCGCUUCCAUACCAGCUUCUCAUUGAGCUAAAACAGCACAUGACCUUUACCAACAUAAUGUACAUUUACAACAUGGAUAUGAAGUCUUUUUAAAAAUAAAAAUUUCAGCUGGGCAUGGUGGCACACGCCUUUAAUCCCAGCACUCGGGAGGCAGAGGCAGGCGGAUCUCUUUGAGUUCAAGGCCAGCCUGGCCUCCAUGGUGUGUCCAGGACAGCUGGGGUUACAGGGAGACCCUGUCUCAAAAAGACCAAAAAAUAAAAUAAAAUAAAAAUUUCACCACAUAUAUAGUCAUUUUUCCCCCUUUUCAAACACAAAACUUAGUAUGGGGCCAUCAUUUGUUCAAGCCUCAUCUCCACAUUGAAUUAAGCUUUCAGAGAUGCAGUUGAUGCUGUCUAUAGCUAUAGACAGAAGCGAGAAUCUUCCCAUUGUACUAGUAUCCUGAGGUGUUGAGCAGGAAAUACUCAGGUUGUCAGAGUGUGCUUUCAAGUGGUCGCCCUAAGCUGGGUGUGGGGGGAUGCACACCUUUAAUCCUGGCACAGGCAGAGGCAGGUGGAUCACUGGGAGUUCUAGGCCAGCCCAGGCUACAAGGAGACCCUGUCUCAAAAAUAUUUUUUUUAAAAACUGGGGGUCCUAGUGGUCAGUUUUCUUCUUUCUAUAAUUGCCUGAUUGAUUUCACACACAUUUCUUCCUUUAUGCCCAUUCUUUGGGAAAGGAAGGUGCAGACGGAGUGUUCUCUGUGUUCUUAGCUCCUCAUGCAUCACCACCCAGACAUAAGUCUUAUUAACAGUUGAUGCUAGAUAAUGCCAAACCCAGCUUUGCUUCUGAAGUAGUCAGCCCUUCCUUCUGCCAGGUAUUUUUGUUUGCUUCUACGUCUUCAUCACCUUUGCAGAUGAAUGGGACAACCCAGAAGGUGACACUACCAUUAAAUGCUCUAGAAGUAUGGUCCCAAUUAGCUUCCUCACUGUCUCCAUCAUGAGAAAGUAUAUUGUGACUUUUUGAAAAGAGAGAUGAGAGAUGUUUUCCAAGAAGCAGGCACUAACUGAUCACAUGGAAUGUUCAAGAUUCUGGAAAGUUCACUGUAUUCUUAGCCAACAUGUGUCUGUAAUUAAUUUUUUCUCUUGUCAUGCCAUAGUGGAAAGUUUCCUUUGUGAAUCAGUUGGUAGGAUAAUAGGAACUGACAUGUCAGAAUUACAUGUAUCAGCAUGAGUCAGUUUCUGUGUUCUGAAGACAGUGGCACUUGAUUGACAUCUGGGGCUGUGGAGGAGUGCUGUGGUCAGGGUGUCCAACCUCCUGGGUUUGGUUAAAAGUGUCCUGAACAGUCCUCACGUUGAGAGUGGUGGUGUGUUGGUUUUUUAUAAGACUGGUGACAUUGUGUGUCUGACAAAAUGUUGCAUUUCCAACUGAACAGAUAUUUGCAUAUCCAGGGACUAUUGAAAGCAGUUUCCAUGGCAGAGCUGGAGUUCUUCUGUCCUCAUGACCUCAUGUUCUGGACCUUGUUAAGGCUCUUCCUGAUAUCUUUCAUCUGGUUUAGGACUAGCCAAGUGAUAAGGAAGAAAGCAAGCCAUUAAUUUCCUUUGCCAGGAAGUAAACUUGACUUGACACCUUAAUCUGAAACUGUUUGGACAUCACCUACAUGGCAUGAAUAUGAAGUGACUCCUUGUUCCCACCUCCUCCAUGAGUGAACUUUUUUCUAAAAUCUCUGUUCUUAAUUUCCCUUCGUGAGUAAAGAAAUGAUUGACCUGAGGAGCUAGGAGGGAGAACUAGUCCAUUUUUCUGGACAGAUUUCAUGGAAAGCUACCUAAUGGGAAGUGUCCCAUUGACAAACAGAGUAUGUUAUUUGCACAUUACCUAAAUGUGGGCUCCGUGGCUCUGUCAUUUUAGUGGGUUUUUGAAUACUUGUUUUUAUGUGGGCUUCAUUUGAUGACCAGUCAAUCAAACAUAUCUCAUCAUGUUUCUAGUUUGGUGGGGUAGCAAAUUUUUUGUUUAAAUUGACAAACUCCUGUUUUCUCUGCCUUAAGGUACUGAGGGAAAAGUCUCAAUGAGGACUUUAUAAUUGCCUGAUUGAUUUCAAGCACAUUAAACAUUAACCACUCAGGAAGUCAGUGAAAUUUCCAGUUGUCUGGAGGAUUCACAUUUCUCUUCAUUACUGGUGUUUGGUUUCUCUGUGUGAUGCAGAAAGACCCCUUCUGUGUUACAUAGAGGCAGUGAGUCAAUGAAGAGUAGAGGCCCUCCCUCUCGGGCUGUCAUUGAAAGCUGACAGUUUCUAACAGCAAACAACAAAGUCAGCUCCGAGCAGUGAGUCUUCCAGGUUUCUAGCAACAUGGAGGGUCUGUGGCACAUGUGAGGUCAUGGUUUUGCACACCUGUGCUUUCUGCACUGCCUCACUUGUCCCAUCAAGCUCAACAGGGAAAGGGCAUCAUUCCCUUAACACCAAAAUGCAAAUUAUACAACCUGUGGUUGGCAAAAGAUGAAAAAAGGGCACUCUUUUUCAACCGAUAAUCCAUGGAAGCAAGAGAAAACAGAGGCAAAGGUUAAGAUUUUUAAAGAAACCAUGUCUUACUUUUCAUUCAGUGCAACACUGCAUCUGGUGCUACCCUUGCUUGGUGUUGAGGUUUAAAUGUCUGAAAAUCUUGGAGUCCAAAGGGAAUCCUGGUUUCAUGGUGACAAUAAGGUCUGCCCAACACAAUAAACUUUUCCCUCUCUUCUUUA